ACCCGUAGUAUAUAUCUGUACAGAUGGCUCCUGUCUCUCGGAUUGUCUGAUUAGUUUUAUAAUCCAAUUCGACUUGAAUGGAAUUUAUGACGAACAAUAAUAUCUGACCAGUGAACGGAAUACACCCAUCUGGUUAAAUUGAAUGUGGAAUACGAGGAUUACAUAACCAGUAGUAUCAUUCAGGUAAAACCUCUGUGUUUGUAUCACGAAGCUGCAUUGCCCGCUUUAUGUAACAUUCGUCUCUGGAUUACGUCAGAACAGGAUCACCGGAAGUGCAUAGACUUAUACAUACUGGUCAUCUAUAUUUGAGCAAAUAUUGAAUCCAAUAUAACAAAUAGUUUGGUCAAUGGAAUAAAAACAUCCUUUUCGGUAUUUGUGAGAUAUUAACUUUGAUCAAUAGUACAUUCUACAGGGUCUCAACAAGCAAAACAACUUUCCGGUGAUUAUAACUUCAUCCGAGCGCACCAUUGUUUAGAAGAUUAACUGAAGGGUCAAAUGAAACGUGUAUUGUAUCUUAAUUUGUCUUGAUGUUACUGAGAUGCCAGCAGAUAUAGAUUGGCGCCGUCCACUAUUUAAGGUGGUACUCCUGGGAGAGGUGGGAGUUGGAAAGUCCUCACUGUUCCUCAGGGUCAAGGACAAUAAGUUCAUACCGGGGCUACAGCCAACAGUUGGCAUAGAGAGCUGCGUCAAAGCACUGUAUGUAGAGGAUGAAAAGGUCUCGCUGGCCCUCUGGGACACAGCAGGUGUGGAAAAGUUCAAAACAAUGACCCGGAACUACUAUCGCAACACGCACGCGGCCCUACUGGUGUAUGACGUUAACAACCCAGCCUCACUCCAGUACCUGUCUAAGUGGGCCAAUGACGUCAUCGAAUUCGCUCCUGAUGCUUUGAGAUUCAUACUAGGAAACAAGUCUGAUCUGGAAAGGACUGUUAUAACAGACAACACCGAGAACUUCCGGUAUGCGCACAACUGUGAAAGUGUACUUCCUGUAUCGGCACUAACGGGUGAGGGAAUAAAUAACGCUUUAAAUGUUGUUGCAACAAAGCUGAUGGAUACCUACAAGACGCCAUUGUUUUACGAAUCUCUUUACAACAGUACUGUGGAAAUCACGCGGUACCAGCCAAGACAGCGAGGUAGAUCCCCCAGGGAGUGUUGUCAGACUAUCUGAGACCCCCCAGGGAGUGUUGUCAGACUAUCUGAAACGGACAUCAUUUCUUGAUCACCUGAUGUUUUGCCGUAAAAGUCUGAUUCAUACAAUUCUGAUAUUAACCGUCUCGAAAACGUCUAUGUGAAACCUGAAUACCCGGUGAAAAUUCCUUUUUUUUUGCUGCACAUGGUAUCGUUAGUAUUCGCUUAUGAUGUGUGAUCAGGUCGACAAAUGUAUUCUGGGUGAUGGAACAAAGUUGGUGGACAAGUAAACGUACGGCUAGCUGUCUCAGGGAGACGGUUUUAAUGGGUUUGUUUUUAUACCAAAACCCUGACUGUUUUACGUAAUGUUGUUUUGCAAUACUAGUACAUAUGUGAAGUGAAGGUUAUAAAGGGUAUAUGUACGAGUUCAAAAACAAUUUGUCCUUCCCUAAAAUACCGAUGUUGUUUAUUAUUUUGCAUAUAAAAGAAGUAUACUCCAUCCCCUAACUAGUGUUGAGAAAGGUAAACGUUUUCAGAUUCGUCCAGCUAUUAUGUUGGCCUUUAAAAUAUAAGUGCUUGCUAAAUUUUAGUUUU